UCAUACCUAUUUCUUAUUUAUGUGCCACAUUAUCAAGCAGUGAAGCCUAUUUUGAUUAUCUAAUAGAUUUUAGGAUUGUGUAAAUAAUUGUAAAUAUUAAUAAUCAGAUCAUUUAUUUGAAGAUGCAGUUAAGUGUUUUAAACAUGGUUGUUUCAAGUGCAUUGUUUUCUUCAUCUGCUGUCCACGUUCUCAUUGUCUUUGUGCUGUUUGCAUGAGUGAACGUAGGCGUGUUAAUCGAGUUUCCAUAGAGGCUCAUUAGAGUGGAUCAGAGCAGAAACCAGUUCAGCAAGUGUCAGUGACUUCGGUCUAAUCCUUUUCAAUUCACGUAUGACCUUAGAGAAGCUCGAGCGACUGUGGUUUAGUGUCAUUUUAGUAGAGCUGAUGGAGGUGAGAUGUUGUCAGUGAGUUUCUCUGGAGACAGUAUAUGAGAUAUCAGCUGGAGAUCGGUGGAAUCACAGCCAAGCCCAAGUGCAGCAUGUUGAGAAGGUCUUCAGAAAGCAGAAGCUUUCAGAAUCCAGACGAGACGCAUCCGGAGUCCCUGGAGCACAACGGCAGCGUCGUACGCAGAUCCAUGAUAAUCGAGGAGGAGGGUUUGAAUCGGCCUGACGGAUCCAGCGUUCAUAAUAGUUUCAAGAACCACAAUAAAACCUUCCACAAACUCUUCCCUGAUGUUCCAGAGACGGAGGAUUUGGAACACGUGUUCACCUGUGCUCUGCAUAAGGAGGUGAUUUACCAUGGUAAGAUGUAUGUGUCCCAUCACCACAUCUGCUUCCACUCGUCUGUGUUGCUGAAGGAAACCAAGGUGAUGAUCCACGUGUCCAGCGUUCAAAUGAUAAAGAAGAAACACACAGCUAAGAUCGUUCCCAAUGCGGUCGCUGUCAUCACCAACGACGGACACAAGUACCUGUUCGUGUCUUUGCGGAAUCGAGAAUCGUGUUUCAAGCUGCUCCUGUCACUCUGUCCGCAACUGCAGACUGAGACCAUCAGCAGGAAAUCCUCCACAGAAAACACUCCUGAUAUGGAAUUUGACAGAAUCUCCAGCCAUUCGAGUAUAGAGGAGAAUCACGAGAAAUACUUGAUUCCUUUGAACGAAGAGUCUCUCAGAGACUCUCUAACGCUCCACGCAGCAGUUCGAAAUACCUCGACGCCACACGACAACACCGGCAGAAAGAGCAACACGCCAGAGCAACACAACACAGUGGCCUCCUGGGUAACAGAGAAGGUCAGAGCGUCCAACGACAGGCAGAGCCUCAACAAACUCCUGUUCUUCUAUCUGAUCCUUGCGGUUCUUCUCCUGUUGUCGUCGGGUUACAUCGGUUUGCGGAUCGUGGCGCUGGAGGAGCAGCUGAGCAUUCUGGGAUCGCUGCCGGAGUUCGCACGGAAGAAAGAGUACCAGGAAACAUAAGCGCAGCGGGAGAUUGAUGAAUGAGAGGAGAAUCUGUGAGUUUCAUCCUUCAGAAUGAGGAAAGAUUCACGGAUGGACACACGGAGUCUGAAUCCGUCAAAGACACUCGAGCAGCAGCUUAUCCUGACCUCACCAACCCUUCACAUUAUCAUUCAUACUGUCAUUUACACUCAUGAUACUGUCAAAUAAAGAUCAGAUGGUUUCAGUGUGUGUAAGUGAUUCACAGAAGAACAUUCAGUCUUUUCUGUCUUGAGAUCAGUGCUUCUGGUCUCGGACGCAUUCAGUGAAUUCAAACCGGUCAAUAUUCAGAUUAUUAACGCAGGCUGUUUUUGAUCUGUCUUCUUGCUUUUCUUGAUUACAUUAUAUGUUUGUAGUGUUUUUAUUUAACAUUAAUAUUGUUAUUAUUGUUGAUUUUAUUGAUUCUAACACGAAAUAAUUGUGGAUAUUUAUUUUGAGACAUGUAAAAGCAAUAAAGUAUAUUUCUGAG